AAUUUGAGCCCCUCUGAUCUGUAGAAACCCCGCACUUCAAACGUGAGGAGGUGUGGGCGUGCGUUAGGACCCAGGAGAAAGCCUCGGCAUAGACACAGGUUGAUGGGCUUGCUUGUUCUUCUGAGUCCCGGCUCUACUACUGCUGGAGAAGAGAGUGCGGUAGAGAGAGAUCGAGAGCGAGAGAAGACAGACUGACCGACAGACAGACAGAGCUGACGUUUAAAACGUUACCGUUACAUCCUCGCCGGAGCUCCGUGCUCGCCUGUCCUCCCCGUUAAUUCCAUCAUCAGCGCAGACUGUACAAGGCGCGUCGAGCCGUCUGCACCCCUCUCAAAGAUGAGCCAGAGGUUUACUGUCACGGCGUUUGCAGGCAAGAAUCAGGAGGCGUGGGGUCUUGGAGGAAAGAAAGGGGAAAUAAAUCAGUUAUUUGAGUGUGAUGAACCGACAGCGGGGUCUCCAGACAAAUGCACCAGCGGCACAGCCCAGGAACCGGGCAAAGCCCCAGUGCAGUUGGUGAGGACUCACUCCAAAGGAGAUGGCAAUCCAAAGGAGAGCAGCCCUUUCAUCAACAGCAGCGACGUCGAGAAGGGCAAGGAGUACGAUGGCAAGCACAUGGCUCUCUUCGAGGAGGAGAUGGACACCAGCCCCAUGGUCUCCUCUCUGCUCAGCAGCCUGGCCAACUACUCGAACCUGCCGCAAGGGAGCAAGGAGCACGAGGAGGCAGAGAACAACGAGGAGGCACGCAAGAAACCCAUCAAGGCUCCACGGAUGGGCACCUUCAUGGGCGUGUACCUGCCCUGCCUGCAGAACAUCUUUGGUGUGAUCCUGUUCCUGCGUCUCACCUGGGUGGUGGGCAUGGGAGGCGUGUUAGAUUCCUUCAUCAUCGUCUUCAUAUGCUGCACCUGUACCAUGCUGACUGCGAUUUCCAUGAGCGCCAUCGCCACAAACGGAGUGGUACCAGCUGGAGGCUCGUACUACAUGAUAUCGCGCUCGCUGGGGCCCGAGUUUGGGGGCGCUGUGGGACUCUGCUUCUAUCUGGGGACCACCUUCGCGGGAGCCAUGUACAUCCUGGGGACCAUCGAGAUCCUGCUGACCUACAUCGUGCCCCAGGCGGCUGUCUUCAAGCUGGACGGCCUGGAGGGGACGGAGAUGGAGGCGGCUAUGUUAAAUAACAUGCGUAUCUAUGGGACCUGCGUGCUGUCCUGCAUGGCCACGGUGGUGUUUGUGGGAGUCAAGUAUGUCAACAAGCUGGCGUUGCUCUUCCUGGCCUGCGUCAUCAUCUCCAUCGUCGCCAUCUAUGCAGGGGUCAUUAAGACUGCCAUCGACCCGCCGGAUUUCCCGAUCUGUAUCCUGGGGAACCGCACUCUGAUCCGCAAGGACUUUGACCUGUGUGCCAAGGUGGUGGAGGUGGGCAACCAGACAGUCACCACCAAGCUGUGGAGCCUCUUCUGCAACUCCACCUUCAUGAACGCCACCUGUGACGAGUACUUCAUCAACAACAACGUGACGGAGGUGCAGGGCAUCCCCGGGGUGGCCAGCGGCAUCAUCACCGAGAACCUGUGGAGUAACUACUUGGAGAAGGGGGUGGUGAUUGAGAAGGUGGGGGCGGUGUCCGUGCCCAAUGAGGAUGGGACCUUGGGCAAGACCAAGCGCUACGUCAUGAGUGACAUCACCAGCUUCUUCACCCUGCUCGUGGGCAUCUACUUCCCCUCCGUCACAGGUAUCAUGGCCGGGUCGAACCGAUCAGGAGACCUGCGCGACGCCCAGAAGUCCAUCCCUGUCGGCACCAUCAUGGCGAUAGCCACCACCUCCUUCGUCUACAUGUCCAGUAUCGUCCUGUUUGGAGCCUGCAUCGAGGGGGUGGUGCUGAGGGACAAGUUCGGUGAGGCAGUCAAUGGGAACCUGGUGAUCGGGACGCUGGCCUGGCCGUCCCCCUGGGUCAUCGUGGUGGGCUCCUUCUUCUCCACCUGCGGGGCGGGGCUGCAGAGCCUGACGGGAGCGCCACGCCUCCUCCAGGCCAUCGCCCGCGACGGCAUCGUGCCCUUCCUCAGGGUAUUCGGCCAUGGCAAGGCGAACGGAGAGCCCACCUGGGCCCUGCUGCUGACUGCCUGUAUCUGUGAGAUCGGGAUCCUCAUCGCCUCGCUGGACGCUGUGGCCCCCAUCCUCUCCAUGUUCUUCCUGAUGUGCUACAUGUUUGUGAACCUGGCCUGUGCCUUACAGACCCUGCUGCGCACCCCCAACUGGAGACCGCGCUUCAAAUUCUACCACUGGGCCCUCUCCUUCCUUGGUAUGAGUCUGUGUCUGUCGCUCAUGUUCAUCUGCUCCUGGUACUACGCCCUCGUCGCCAUGGUGAUCGCCACCUGCAUCUACAAGUACAUCGAGUACCAAGGGGCUGAGAAGGAGUGGGGAGACGGGAUCAGAGGCCUGUCUCUUAGCGCGGCACGUUUCGCUCUGCUGAGACUGGAGGAGGGACCCCCGCACACCAAGAACUGGAGGCCUCAGAUCCUGGUCGUGGUCAGUGUGGAUCAGGAUCAGAAUGUGGAGAACCCCCAGCUGCUGUCCCUCACCAACCAGCUGAAGGCGGGCAAGGGCCUGACCAUCGUGGGCGCAGCGCUGGAGGGCACCUACCUGAACAACCACCCCCAGGCGCAGCGCACCGAGCAGUCUUUGCGUCGUCUGAUGGAGACGGAGAAGGUGAAGGGCUUCUGCCAGGUGGUGAUCUCCUCUAACAUGCGUGACGGGACGUCCCAUCUGAUCCAGGCCGGGGGGCUCGGGGGGCUGCAGCACAACACAGUGCUGGUGAGCUGGCCGCGCAACUGGAAGCAGGCAGAGGACCACAGCACCUGGAGGAACUUUAUCGAGCUGGUACGGGAGACCACAGCCGCUCACCUGGCUCUGCUGGUGCCCAUGAACAUCUCUGCGUACCCGUCCAACCAGGAGCGCUUCACGGAGGGCAACAUCGACGUGUGGUGGAUCGUGCACGACGGGGGCAUGCUGAUGCUGCUCCCCUUCCUGCUGCGCCAGCACAAGGUGUGGAGGAAGUGUAAGAUGCGUAUCUUCACCGUGGCCCAGAUGGACGACAACAGCAUCCAGAUGAAAAAAGACCUGACCACCUUCCUGUACCACCUGCGCAUCAGCGCUGAAGUGGAGGUGGUGGAGGUGCAAGACAGUGAUAUCUCUGCAUACACCUACGAGAAGACCCUGGUAAUGGAGCAGCGCUCACAGAUCCUCAAGCAGAUGCAGCUCACCAAGACUGAGCGUGAGAGAGAGAUCCAGAGCAUCACAGACGAGUCCCGUGGAUCGAUCCGGCGCAAGAACCCCUCAAACCCUCGCAUCCAGCUGAGUGUGCAGGAGGAGCAGCCAGGGGGCAGUGAGGAGGAGAAACCUGAGGAGGAGAGUGUUGCUCUCUCCUGCCCCCCGCAGGUUCAGCUGAUCCAUGACCAGAACACCACGCCCACCCCGGCCAGCCCCCAGUCCCCCGUGGAGGAGGUGCAGACUCCCAGCUCCAAGGUGCAGCUGACGUGGACCGAGAAAUUCACCGGAGACCAGGGCAAGAGCAAGGGACCGAGCACCCCCGAGGGCAUCAAAGACAUAUUCAACAUGAAGCCUGAAUGGGAAAACUUGAACCAGUCGAAUGUGCGGCGAAUGCACACGGCCCUGAAGCUGAACGAGGUCAUCACAAGGAAGUCCCAGGAUGCAAAGCUGGUCCUGCUCAACAUGCCAGGUCCGCCCAAGAACAGGAAGGGCGAUGAGAACUACAUGGAGUUCCUGGAGGUGCUGACUGAAGGGCUGAACCGGGUGCUGCUGGUGCGUGGAGGCGGCAGGGAGGUCAUCACCAUCUACUCCUGAGAGCCCAGCCCGACCUCCAGCUCCUUCCUUCAGUGACUGAACCCACCAUCACCCCCGCCAGCCCGACCUCCAGCUCCUUCCUUCAGUGACUGAACCCACCAUCACCCCCGCCAGCCCGACCUUCAGUGACUGAACCCACCAUCACCCCCGCCAGCCCGACCUUCAGUGACUGAACCCACCAUCACCCCCGCCAGCCCGACCUUCAGUGACUGAACCCACCAUCACCCCCGCCAGCCCGACCUUCAGUGACUGAAUCCACCAUCACCCCCGCCAGCCCGACCUUCAGUGACUGAACCCACCAUCACCCCCGCAAGCCCGACCUUCAGUGACUGAACCCACCAUCACCCCCGCCAGCCCGACCUUCAGUGACUGAACCCACCAUCACCCCCGCCAGCCCGACCUUCAGUGACUGAACCCACCAUCACCCCCGCCAGCCCGACCUUCAGUGACUGAACCCACCAUCACCCCCGCAAGCCCGACCUCCAGCCCCUUCCUUCAGUGACUUAACCCACCAUCACCCCCGCCAGCCCGACCUCCAGCCCCUUCCUUCAGUGACUUAACCCACCAUCACCCCCGCCAGCCCGACCUCCAGCCCCUUCCUUCAGUGACUGAACCCACCAUCACCCCUGCCAGCCCGACCUCCAGCCCCUUCCUUCAGUGACUGAACCCACCAUCACCCCCGCCAGCCCCUUCCUUCAGUGACUGAACCCACCAUCACCCCCGCCAGCCCGACCUCCAGCCCCUUCCUUCAGUGACUGAACCCACCAUCACCCCAGCCAGCCCGAGAGGGGACCCCAGCACACUUCCCAUCACUCCCUCUGUAAUGUCUUACUGUUCUCCUUUCUUUGCUUUGUGCACAGCGCACCCUGGUGGGCUGAUGUAUUUUUAUUCAUCACAUUUAGUACAGACGUGAAACAAUUAUUAUGAUGAUUUUAUUUUGCUAAACAGAUGCCAAACCCUCCCCUCUUCUUUCCACACACCCAGCAGCUGGAAGUGGUUCCUCACUCUGCAGAGCAGUAUAAGGUCCUGCUGUCUGGUUAGAUGCCAGGGUUCCAGUUUCACGCCUGUACCAGGUGUUUCCACUUUCCUCACGCAGUGUCGAGUCCAAAGAGCCCUUUGGUUCUGAGCAUGCUCAUGUUGAAGGCUGGGUUCCUUUUCGUACCCAGCAUUCCCAGCGCUUGCAUUUACUGUUCCAAACACACUUCCCAUCUGGCUGCUGGAAACAGAGAUUUAUUUUUGGGGGGAAG